AUUUCCAUGAUGCUCCUAUUUUUUGCCUUCUUUCAUUCCUACUCCUAUUUAUUUUUUUACGGGUUGCAGGGUCGCCCACAUUGAGAAAGGGUACUGAAAGCCAUCUUCUUUCAACACCCACAGACAACACCUUUCUACGAUCCAUCUCAUCUUUCUCGCUUUCCCUCAUCACCUUUCUCUCAUCUCUUCUCCUUCUCUUUCUCUGCAACACCUUUCUUCACGCAAGCAUGUCGGGUUUAUAUACUCACAGCUUCUCCCCUGCGAGAGCCCUCUCCCCACAGAUAAGAAACACACCAGAUAUUGAUAGUCCAUACUUGGCAGAGUUGUUGGCGGAGCAUCAAAAGCUGGGGCCUUUCAUGCAGGUUCUUCCUAUAUGUAGCCGUUUGUUGAAUCAAGAAAUUAUGCGAGUCUCAGGAAUGGUCUCCAACCAAGGAUUUGGGGAUUUUGACAGGAUGCAGCAUGGAAGUCCCAGUCCCAUUGUUUCUUCAAACCUUAUUCCUAAUGUUGGGGGAACUAGUUUAGGUGGUUGGAGUGGGCUUCAGCAUGAGAGAAUAGGUUUUCCACAAGGAAUGAAUCUGGACUGGCAGGGGGCACCACCAAGCCCAAGUUCGUAUGUGGUCAAGAAGAUCUUGCGCUUGGAAAUUCCAGUGGACACCUAUCCUAAUUUCAAUUUUGUUGGACGUCUCCUGGGACCUCGAGGCAAUUCACUGAAACGGGUGGAAGCUUCUACAGGCUGUCGUGUUUACAUUAGGGGAAAAGGUUCGAUAAAAGAUCCUGGCAAGGAGGAAAAACUAAGGGGAAGACCAGGCUAUGAACACUUAAAUGAUCCGCUGCAUAUCUUGAUUGAGGCCGAGUUACCUGUGAAUGUUGUCGAUAUUAGGUUGAGGCAGGCACAGGAAAUUAUAGAAGAGUUGCUCAAACCAGUUGAUGAAUCACAGGAUUACUAUAAGAGGCAGCAGCUUCGGGAACUAGCCAUGUUGAAUUCAGGUUUAAGAGAGGACAGCCUCCAUCCAAGUGGCAGUGUUUCUCCAUUUGGAAAUAGUGGAAUGAAGCGAGCAAAAACAGGACGGUAGAGAAUAAUUGUUAGCUCGAUGGUAGUUGUCAAAAAUCUUUUUUUCUUUUAUUCUAUCCAGUCAUGCCUUCAGCUCAAGUUACUUAGUCGAGCAUGUGUGGAGUAGAACACCAUAACUAGCUGGUGAGUUUGAUCUGCUAGUGGAAUUUUUUCAUUGGAAGAAAAGAAAAUAGACUUCACAGCAUCUGUUGUAACUGCAUCUACCAGGUCUUCCUGUGUUGUUGAUGUUGAGCCAUGUUUGUUGUGAACCUAGGGUAUUCAUUUCAUUCAUUUUCUACCUUUAACCCGGGUCCAUUAGCUAUGUUUGACCGUCAAUGAACAGUCCUGAACUUAAAUAUUGUUCUUCUUGUUUGACUUUACAUAAGCUGUACAAUUGCACUAUUAAUUUGUAAGCUGUGAUUUAUACACACACAUCGAUAAUUGUUCAGCAUUGCAUUGAAGUUCCUUA